UAAAAACGUGUAGCUCAUGGACGCGGUGAGAAGAGCAGGUAGCAGGGUAUCUUUAGCUUGCUUGUUGUUGGCAGUGUAGCGUCUCUCUACAAUGUAUUCUGUUUUAAUUAACGCGUUAUUGUCCAGCUCUCCUGACUACGAUAUUUUGUUUGAGUCUCUAACCUGGCCGCGUGACUCAUGGCCGGGGACGGAGCGAGUGGAAGCGCUGACAGCUUUCAUUGAAGGACUCGGACCCCUCUUGGCCGACUCGGACACGACUACGUUUUCAGCUGCGAAAAGAGGAUCUAUUAAAAGUAAAAUCGACUCGAUGAUUUGGACACAGUGUCUGCCUCUGCUCUCCAGGAUAUCAGCAGAAGCCGGUGAGGACAUGCGGUGCAGGGAGAGCACUGCUGCUGCAUGCCGACUCUUGAACAUCUGUGUCCCGCUGUGUGAUGAGACUGUCCCGGGGAGAAUGGCUCUGUUUGUCCUGCCGUCGCUCCAGCUGUCAGAAGAGGAGGUGCCCGCUCCGGGACGACUCAGCGUGGAGGUUGCCAUUGAAGUCAUGGCUGCUCUUGUGCCUUCUCUGUCAGCUGAUGAACAGCUCACACUCACCACAGUGUCAUCUGCCUUGUCAUGCAUCAAAACACUCCCUGAUGCAUUGGUGUCUAAAAUCACAGUCAGGCUUCUCCUAACUGUCCUGAACUGCUGCAGCGGUGCGAGGUUAACAAGCAUCCUCAAGUUGAUCCUGGAUGACCUGUGCAGCUGGCACUCCACUGACAGCACACCUGUGGUCACAGAGCGGGCACUGCUGUGUCUGACCGCCCUGUCAGACCACCUGCUGAAACCUCACUACCUUCCUUCCUCUUCAUCUUCCUCCUCCUCAUGUGAGCCCGACCCUCGUCUGUCCCUCCAAUUCUGGAGGAUGGUUCAGGAUGGACUGACGCACAGAGACAGCCUGUCACGUAAGAGGGCGUUGUACCUGCUGAAAAUGUGCGUGGCCCUGUCAGAGGAGGAGGGGGUGGACUGUCCUGUCUCUCCAUCAGAGGAAGAUGAGAUCUUAUUCAAAUGGGCUCCUAACAGGAGCAAGUUGCUCAGAGAGUUUUGGGAGGACUAUGCACUGGUGAUGGAGACACUGGAGGAAAACCAGGUUCAUGUCGUCCGGCCAGUUCUAAACAGAAUAGACACACUGAUCCAAACAACAGUGAAUGAUAGUCAAGGGUGUCAACAGGUCCUUAAAAAGUCUUAA